CUUGAAUAAAAACAUGGAGGCUGCUGUGUAUUUGUGCUCUGAUCCAAAUAUCACUUUUGCUAGCGCUUUGCCUUUCUUUGGAAGAACUUAGGCGAUAUCGAUAUUUUCCCAAUUGAUAGAUUCGGCCUCGGUGUUUUGGGCGGGUCGAGACGGAGCAGCAGCGAUGGAGUGGUUCGGGACUGGAAACUCCCCUAUGUUUCCCGAAGAAGAAGAGGGUUACAGUGCCUCUGCCUCUUCUGUGCCAAGUAGCUUUCACAGCUCAUCACUGCAGGAGGAUGCCAGUGCAGAGUCCAUGGUGUCCCUGUGCCAGAGACAGCAGCAGUGUGUGAAGGCCUCUGUUUCCAGCUGGCAGUUAGUGGAGGCUCAGGACCAGCUGUGUGGGAUGGAGCUGCACGGCUCCGAGAGCGUCGAGCAGGAGCGCGCCCGUGCUGUCGCCGGCCAAUCGGAGCUCUCGCAGACUGAACAUGAGUGGCGCCGGAAGGAGAGCAUGCUGGGAGGGAGCAGGAGCCCCGUGCUCAGCGCUGACAGCAGCCGGGACAUGUUCGACAAGAGUAUUAUUAAUAGUAAAAACGUUGAAUUGGAGGUUCACGACAAGAGCAAAACCUUUGUUCAGAAGUAUGAAAAAGAAUUGAGACAUUUUGGCAUGUUGCGGAGGUGGGAUGACAGCCAGCGCUUCCUGUCUGACCUGCAUCACCUCAUCUGUGAGGAGACGGCCAACUACCUGAUCCUCUGGUGCUUUAGACUUCAGGCCGACGGGAAAGAGGCGUUGAUGGAGCAGGUCGCUCACCAGGCUGUUGCUAUGCAGUUUAUCCUGGAGAUGGCCAGCACCUCCCAGCAGGAUCCCAGAGGCUGCUUCCGUCACUUCUUCCACAAAGCCAAAGCAGGACAAGAGGGGUACUUAAAUGUCUUCCAUGCUGAGCUAGAGGCCUUUAAGCAGAGAGUAAAAGAGUACACUGUCAAGUUCAAAGGAGAGACCCUCUCCAAUGACACACCGCUCCAGAGCAGUACAGCACGCUGUCAUCUGGAUCCCAAAGAGGUUCUAGAAUCUUUACCCCCAGAACUGAAGGCAGGGUUCCAGCUGCAAGACAUGCAGAUUCUCCAGAAUGUUCUCAGCACCAUGAAUCCACAGGUGGCAGAGUACCAUGUGAAGCGUUGUCUGGAGUCCGGCUUGUGGACGAACAAAGAAGGGAGACGGUCCAAGGAGGAAGUUAAUCCAGAAACAGACGACCUGCGCAUGAUGGAGACAUAACGACUGUGGUGCAGACUCCCUCCAUCUCUCCCAUAGGAAUUGACACUCUCAAUAGGAAAAGGGCUGAGCUCCCCACAGAGACUUAUUUUUGUAUGCAGCAGAAUCUGCGCCUGAAUGUGUCUUGCACUUUAUAUUUGUUCAAAACAAUCUAUUUAAAGAAAGCGAGUGGUAGGUAUUUUGAGGCACUUACCUUACCUUAUAUAGCUAGAGUAUCUCUACUCAUGUCAUAUCUUGAUUGUUUUAGCAGAGUGAACCUUGCUUUGUAAGGAAGUCAUCUUUACACUUGAGUUUACAAGAACUACUUCAAACUUUUUAGAAUUGUUUUUGUUUAUAUAUUUUGGGGUAUUCCUGUGACUCCGUUAAUCAACCUUAUGGGUGUGAAGAAGGGAGAUAACAGUAUAUCUACAGUAGGCUUCACAAGUAGGAAGUCUAGAGGUUAAGAGCGUUGGGCCAGUAACAGAGAAAUUGGCCGUUCUGCCCUCGACCAAAGCAGUUAACCCCCAACAAUAACUACGGGCGCCAACGACAUGGACGUUGAUUUAAGGCAGCCCGCACCGCUCUGAUACAGAGGGGUUGGAUUAAAAGCGGAAGACUCAUUUCGGUUGAAUGAAUUGUUUGACAAAUGACUAGGUAUCCCCCUUUCCUUUCUUUAGUAGGAGGGGAAAAGCCUGAGCAUUACAAUCAAACUUGCUCUUGUCGUAAAUAAAAGUGCACCAUGUUUUGGUUGAAGAAACAAGAGGCCUAAUCCUGGAGUCCUAUUUCUGCAGUCUCUAACGUUCUGUCCAACACCACUGAGCCACUAGUGCAUGUGGUUAAAACUGUCACAGACACGUGCAAACGCUCUGGGCCCAUAUUCACAAAGUGUGAAUAGGAGUGCUAGUCUAAGGUCUGGUCAACACCUCUAAUUGACAAUGGUUUAAAAGGUCUGCCCCCCCCCCCCUCUAAUUCAUAAUGGUUUAAAUGGUCUGCCCCCCCCUCUAAUUGAUAUUGGUUUAAAUGGUCUGCCCCCCCCCUCCCUCUAAUUGAUAAUGGUUUAAAAGGUCUGCCCCCUCUAAUUGAUAAUGGUUUAAAAGGUCUGCCCCCUCUAAUUCAUAAUGGUAUAAAGAGCUAAACUGAUCUCAGAUCAGCACUCCUAUUCUGAGACACUGGAUGAGGGCCCUGUGCUCUUUCAGCUCCUGUGUGUCCAGUUUGUCAUUAGGACAAUAUUUAAUGGUGAUAUACUACCAUGGUAGUAUAAUGACGACUUCACUAUGCAAAGCAAUGAGUUUGCUGUUAUUACUUUUGUUACUGCUGGUCACUCAUCCUCAACCAACACUCAUAAAAUGUAUUGCUCUGUCCAUCACAGAAUAAUAAGCUUCUCAACAUAUCAAUGUAUGGCUGCUAAACUCAACUGCUCACAUAAUUGAUUGUGAAACUGGAAACAACCUGUAGAACUGACUUUGGCUGCCAUAACGUGAAAACAUCCUGUACUAGUCUGUGCUGUUUGAAAUAGAACCGCUUUAAAACAACUGUGCAGGGUAAAUGGCUAAUAAUACAUUAGGUCUACCUGAACACAUUUGAAACGUUCUGCAAAAAUCUAAUGAAAUAAAUGAAUUAAAAUCUGUUUUGUUGCUUUUCACUGUUUUUUUGUUUCAUGAUAGUUAUAAUAAAAUCUUAUCAGCCUGAUCAGUCUCUUCCAGAUAGUGAGACUCGAUAAUAACUUAUUACAGAACAAGUAUAUUGUUUAAGAUACUGUAUAUUCAUACAUUUAUGGAUAUAUAACAGUCAUUUAUCACUGAUUAUCAAAGAGCUAAUCUCAGGGUAACACAGAACUAAAGUCUGCUCGAUUAAAUUCUGGGUCCGUGAGAUGCUAGAACGAGGAGCUCCAUCCACUCUCUGCAAGUUAAGGGAUGAAUGACUGCCCAUCUGAAAAAGAAUGGUAACACCUCAGUUGUGAUUUGUCUAAAUAACCAGUGAUGGAAAAAAACGAGGCACCAGAACUAUAGCUGCUCAUUAACUAUCAGUGCUCAUAAUAGAUCUAUUGCAUUUUAUGUUUACAUAUUCUGCCCAUGAGAUUAUCAAAGAACAGGUCAUAAUGUGCUACAAAAAUACUGCAUAUAAUAUCUUUUCAAUAUAGAGACAGCCAUUAGAUGACAAAUCUAUACUCAGACCAAAUAAAGUGUAUAAAACAUUAGGAAUAGCUGCUCUUCCCAUGAAAGACUGACUAGGUGAAUGCUGUGAUGCCUUAUUGAUGUCACCUGUUAAAUCCUAAACCCACUUCACAUAGAGACUGGUUAAAGAAGGAUUUUUAAGCCUUGAUGCCCGAAGUUAGGUGCGAUGCAGACCCGGUGAAGAGUGUGGUGAAACAGAAGACACUGUCUGUACUAUUGAGUUUUGAUGCAGGGUCUUUACCAGAAAGUCAAGUUAGGAUGUGGCUGUUCUGAGAGCAAAAGGGAGGGGG